AAGUCAUCGACCGAUCUUUUCACAGGACCGAGUCAUUUUAGUCAUCGAUGUUUGUGGUGUGUCGGAUUAACUUAUGUUUAGAAUAUAAAUCUCGAAUUUAGUCCGUGUGACGUAACAGUCGGUGACGUAACAGUGACGUAAUAAAGGCCAAAGUGGAAUACGAGAACGUACGCCUUUCUUUAGGCCGCGAGGGCGAUUCUUUCAAUAAUUGCUUCAAUUGUUCAUAUUGUUGCCGAAAAAACUCUGAACAAAGCGAUAUGGGAGCAGAGCCUGCAUCCACCGUGUGCGAGGGGACGCUGGAAAAGAAAGUGGACCGUCGGAGGAUCCGUAUCGGGCCGGUGUGGAAACGAAAGUUUUGCGUGCUGGAUAGCGAAGCCCUGCGAUUGUACAGAGGCUCCAAACGUGAUGGACGAUGUCAUAGAACUGUACCGUUAUGUCAUAUUAAGAAAGUGACAAAAAUACACGAAGAAGAAACCACAAGAACGGAUUAUUUUAACGUGGAAACCGAGCAAGGGGAGGUCAUGACAUUCCGGUGCAAGGAAGGCACCGGUUGGGUGGCGCAAAUACAAAUACAACUCAUACAUUAUAAGAACCGCCAAGACAUCAUGAGAUACAAACAACUUAACAGCUCCAUCAUCACUGCUGAGAGCGCCAUCCAACGGUUACGUUCCACUUCACCGAACAAUAAUGACGUCAAUGGCACCAACGUCAUCGACCUGAAAAUGAAAGAUUGUCGGAAAGUUGAACUUCCUAACCAUCGUAACAGCGGGACGGGAAUCGGCAUCACUGUAAUUCCCCUCAGCGACGGUAAAGUGGUCGUGAACCGAGUCCUUGAAGGCGGACCUGCCAUGCGAUUGGGUGUUAUCCAGCCACGUGAUCAGAUAGUAGCAGCCAAUGGGAACCGAGUAACGAGCGUCGAGAUGUUGUCAGAAGUCGUGAGAAAUUCCCCAGUCUCUGUGACGUUGAUAAUUAAACCAAGGAUCACUAAAUCGCCCUCACCGUUACCGGACGACCCGAAAGCUCUCCUGCAAAAGGAAAACGAUAAUUACCCCGAAUAUAUCAACACUGGCAACCUGCCGAGUUUAGAAAAAGGUUUAUUACGUCAAAGUACAAGAGAACGAAGUUCGCCCAGACAUUUCAAAUUCUUUUGAAUCAAAGCGACCCCUAAACCUUUUAAAAAGAUAUCGAUGUUGCCCUCCAAGCGAAAACAAAUGGUCAACACUGCUGCUGACGUCAAACGUCUUCUUUUUUGACAAAUAUAUCCAGAAUGGAGAUAUAG